AUGAUGUCUCUCUCUCACGAUGUCUACAAAAUGGAUAGGAAGAAGGCCGUGGAGGGCACCAAUACAUCCAAUGUAGGAGCGUGUUUGAUUGACCAAGACAUGAAUCCAGUGGGUCCCCAACUCGGAACCUCCGAUCUCAAUGCUGGAAAAUUCGGUAAUGGAUUUCGCAGAAGACAACAAGAUACCAUUCAACAAGAUAAGGAACGAAGAGAAAAUGAAGCAGUGCUUCAACAGAGAAAGGAAAACAGAAGGGAGUACAGAAAAGCAUUUUUGGAACAAACCAAGUUUCAGACCAAAAUCAACAUUAUUACAGGUGAGAAUUUGCCAGAUGAUACACCAAAAUAUUCUAAAAAAGUGUUUGAGCAUCACAACAAGGACGAGAUUACAAAACCACUCGUCGAAAAGAGAAAUCAGUUCAAAGAAAAAUUAAUAGCAAACGAUGGGCUUCGAAAACCCAAAGAAUACAGCGUGAAACAAUAUUUUCAGGAUUAUUCAUCGUAUGAAACAAAUAAGCGAGAGUGA